CUGACUCAAGUAAAUGGUGCGCAAGUUGGAAACACACCCGGGAUUUUAUUAUCAGGAGGCAACUCCAAAAGUAACAAACAAUAGCAUGUGUUAAUUCCAGUCAACAGUUCAGAUAGAAUCCUGAGAGAUUGUCAUCGUUUAAGUUUAAUGCUGGAAGUUCUUGAUCAAGAAGCAACAGCUCUUUAUUCAUUCAAAUCACAAACUCAGAGGCUUGAAGCUCUUCAUCAAUUUAAAUCAGGAAAGGUUUCUGUACUGCUAGCAACUGAUGUUGCCAGUCGUGGAUUGGAUAUUCCUACAGUUGACCUUGUUAUCAACUAUGAUGUUCCAAGGUUUCCACGGGAUUAUAUUCAUCGGGUUGGUCGAACGGCAAGAGCCGGUAGAGGUGGACUGGCUUUGAGCCUUGUCACCCAGAAUGAUGUUGAACUUAUUCAUGAAAUAGAAGCACUUAUUGAGAAACAACUUGAAAUGAUUGAAUACAAAGAAAGUGAGGCGCUUUCUCUCAUGAAGAAGGUUUUCAGUGCUAAGAAUGUAGCAGAAAUGAGAAUGAUAGAUGAUGGCUUUGAGGAGAAAGCUAAAGAGCGGAAAAAACAGAAACUGAAAAUGCUUGCAGAGAAAGGACUGUUGAAGAAAAAUAAAAGGAGAAAAAAAAAUAAAGAAUUCUCAGAGCAAGGGAAAGAGGUUUUCGGUGCGAAGAAUGUCGAGGAAAUGAAGAUGGGUAGCAUUGAGAGGGAAACAAAAACUAGUGCUAAAAGAAAAAGGUUUGUUAAUGAAAAAAAGUUAAAUCAAAGAAGUAAAGAAUUUGCACAGGGGAAGGAAAAAAACAGAAAAAAAGAGAAUAGAGGCAUCAGCUGAUAUAGCAAACUCCAAAGAAAAAGGGUAAGAAGUACAUUAGUAUAUUUAAGUAAACCAUGAUUUCUAAUUAUGGAAAGAAAAGAGCUUAAAAUCAAAAGCCGAAAGAAAAGAGAGGUAUCCCGGUGGACGUAGAGAAGCUAAAGGUAUUUUGGUAAAUGGUUUGUUAUUGUAUUCGUGUCUUCCUGACUGUUUGUAGAGAUGAGAUUAAACACAUCAAGGCAAUAUUCUUCCUUUGAUUUUGA